GCAGCACUGAUUAUUUGCGCUCAUCAACGUGCCCAACAUGUGCUUCACACACAUUAUAUCACUGAACAGCACUGAACGGCAUCGUGUGGCACCGCGUUGAGUUGUGAGGUUACGUGUAAAGUAUUUUAAACUUGGAAAAAUAAUGUUGAAUAACACGUUCAAUCAUCAACAGUUGGUAAAUUGCCACAAAUAAUUCUACAACCUUCACAAACCGUCAAGAAAUUAACGUAAAAUAUAUUAUGUUUAGUACGUUUUAACCGGUCAUAUAAAUUUUAUGGUUAUGUUAUGCCUCAAAUCUUAUGAAAUGAUAAAUAAGAUUCCGGUUAAUUGUUAAUGACUAAACCGUAAGUAAAGAUGUCUGGAAUUGACGAAGGAGGGGUUAAGCAUAAGUCGCAUCGUGAUCGCAACGCGGGGCGAAAGGCAGAGAAGAAGAAAAACAAAAAUGAACAUGUCCAAGAGUUGACAGACAAGCAAAAGAAUCCAAAAGCUUUCACAUUCAAUUCGGCCAUAAGAGCUGAGCGUGGUUUUAGACGUAAACAAGACCUUGAAACAAAAAAACAGCAUAUACCGUUGGUGGAUAGAACGCCUCUGGAACCACCACCAGUCUUAGUGGCUCUAGUUGGCCCUCCAAAAGUGGGCAAAUCAAUGCUAAUGCAAUGUCUAAUAAAGAGCUUUGCUAGGCAGCCACUGUCGAAUAUUCUUGGGCCAGUAACUGUUGUUUCUGGUAAAAAACGUCGCAUAACAUUCAUUGAAUGCAACAACGACAUCAAUAGCAUGAUUGACAUAGCAAAAGUAGCUGAUUUGGUUUUGCUCCUGGUGGAUGCAUCGUUUGGUUUUGAAAUGGAGAUAUUUGAGUUUCUAAACAUAUGCCAGGUGCAUGGUAUGCCGAGAAUAAUGGGUGUGCUGACGCAUCUGGACCUCAUAAAGAAUACCAAGCAGUUGAGAAAGAUCAAAAAAACACUGAAGCACAGAUUUUGGACUGAAGUUUACGCCGGAGCCAAGCUAUUCUAUUUGUCUGGACUUCUGCAUGACGAGUAUCUCCGCAAUGAAGUGAAGAAUCUAGCUCGUUUCAUAUCAGUGAUCAAGUUCAGGCCUCUGACUUGGCGGACCACUCAUCCGUACCUUCUGGCAGACAGGAUAGAGGAUCUCACUCCUCCAGAAUCCAUCAGACAAAAUACAAAAGUUGACAGAACCAUCAGUCUCUAUGGAUACGUGCGCGGUGUUCCCCUGAACAAGGAAACUUCUGUACAUAUUCCUGGCUGCGGAGACCUCAAAAUCAAGGAUGUCAGUUUCUUGCCUGAUCCUUGUCCGCUGCCUGAUCAAAUAAAGAAACGCUCUCUCGUUGAAAAGGAGAGACUAAUCUAUGCUCCAUUUUCGGGAGUUGGCGGUAUCGUCUACGAUAAGGAUGCCGUCUAUGUGGAAUUGGGAGGGAGCCACUCUCAUCAAGAGAAGGAGGGAGAGGAUCCAAGUCUGGUUGGCAAUCUGAUGGAAACGCAGGAAACCAUCGACACCAAGUUGCGUCGUAGCGAAAUGCAAAUUUUCAGUGGCACGGCACUGAUUAGGUCAGAAGAUGUCGAAGAAGAGUUCAAUACUGAUUUGAAGAGUAAAUCAGUUAUCGAAGAACAAAGGAUCAGGCGCAAAGUAGUAUUCGACGAUGAGAUGAACGAGCUACCUAACAACGAAGAAGACAGCAACGAUGAGGUGGAUUUUGGUAGGCAAAAUUAUGAUUCGGAUGGAGAUGAACUGGAAAGUAAUGAAAGGAGUAAAAGAAUCUGUUCAGAGGCAGAUGACGGGAUUAUUUGUAAACGAAAAAAAAUUGAAGACGAAGAUGGAAAUGUAUCAGUGAAAUUCGUUAAGAACAGAGAUCAGGCUAUAACUGAUUGUGAGCAAAUAUAUCGCGGACUUAGCAGUAAUCCCGAUAGUCAUAUAAAGGAUAAAAUCUCUCAGGCAUUGAGUAUGCUGGACAGUAAUAAAAAAAAUCGGGACGACAGAUCAGAGGCUGAUCUCAGCGAAAAUGAAAGUUUUGACGAGGAGAGUGAUGAUAAUGAUUCUGAGCUAAAUUCGAACGAUGAUGUUCAUGUGGAGGAUGAGUUACAAUGGAAGUCAAAUCUGACGGAAAAGGCAAGCGAAGCAUUUACAGACCGGCUGAGAUCCCAAAAAAAUUUAAUGAAAAUUGUGUACGGCGAAUUUGACAAAUCUUUCGUAGCUGUCGAUGAUGAAUCGCUUUCAGAUGAAGAUUCAAAAAAUGAAGAUAUUGGCGGUAUUUUUCGCAUUGUAAAUAAGCAGGAGAGGCAGAAACUGGAGGCACGAGAACUGCGGAAUCAAGAGGAGAGCGUGUUUUACUCCAUAGAUUUGUCAAAGGAUUGGGAAUUGGAAGAAAACCGCAAUCUGCUAACAAAUCGUUUUGUGACUGGUAAAUGGAAGGAAUCCGAGGAUGCCGAGGAGCUGUUGAAGCUCGACGACCUGGAAGAUGACGACGAUUUGUACGGAGAUUUCGAGGAUCUAGAAACCGGGGAAAAGCACAAGGCUGAGGCUCCUGAAGAAAUGACAUUCAGCGAGGCGGAUGAGCGGCGAAAGCUGAUUGAGAAGAAGCAGAAGCUUAAGGAGAAGUUCGACUCGGAGUAUGACAAGGGUGAAGACAAGUCCUACUAUGACGAGUUAAAGUCGGAAGUCGAGAGGCAGGCGCAGUUGAACAAGUCUGAGUUUGAGGGCAUUGCGGACGACAUCAGGGUCCAGCUCGAGGGUUUCAGGCCUGGAAUGUACGUCCGUGUUGAGUUGGACUCGGUGCCCUGUGAGCUGGUGACGAAUUUGGACCCGACCUACCCGCUGAUUGUCGGUGGACUGUUGCAUGGCGAGGAGAACAUUGGGUUUGUGCAGACUCGGAUAAAAAAGCACCGGUGGUACAAGAAGAUCCUGAAGACCAAAGACCCGCUGAUUAUCUCUGUCGGCUGGCGGCGGUUCCAGGCCUUGCCCAUCUAUGCGAAGCUCGAAGACAAUCUGAAGCAUAGGAUGCUGAAGUACACGCCCGAGCAUGUGACUUGCAUGGCUCAUUUUUGGGGCCCUAUAACUCCUCAGGGCACCGGAGUUCUGGCGGUGCAAGACGUAGCCGCCAGGCAAGCAGGAUUUCGCAUCGCGGCAACCGGCUCGAUAGUCGAGCUUGACAAAUCCACAUAUAUCGUCAAAAAGCUCAAGUUGACUGGUGCCCCGUUCAAGGUUUACAAGAAGACAGCAUUCAUCAAGGGGAUGUUCAAUUCCAGCUUGGAAGUGGCCAAGUUUGAAGGCGCCAAAUUGCGGACUGUGUCCGGCAUUCGUGGACAGAUAAAGAAGGCAUGUUCCAAACCACAGGGUGCCUUUCGUGCAACCUUUGAAGACAAGGUGUUGCUCAGUGACAUUGUGUUUUGUCGAACCUGGUACAAGGUAGAUGUACCAAAGUUUUACAGUCCCGUUACAUCGCUGCUGCUGCCGCCGAGUGAGAAGAAUCAAUGGCGAGGAAUGAGAACGACUGGUCAACUCAAGAGGGAGAAUAAUUUAAGGGCUCAACCUAAUUCGGAUUCACUUUAUACACAGAUCAAAAGAGAUCCGAAAGUUUUCAAACCACUGAUCAUACCGCGAACUCUGCAGAAGGGUUUGCCAUACAAAGACAAACCAAAAUUACAACCUGUUAUGAAAAACCAUAGACCGAAACUCGAAGAUCGACGACCAGCUGUCGUUAGAGAGCCCAAGGAGGAACAGGUAGCCAAACUAAUGAAAAUGCUUAGAACUUCGUACAGCCAUAAACAGGAUCAACUGAAAGAAGCAAUGAGCAGAAGGAUUAUGGCCCAUCAAGCCCGAAUGCAGAUUGAAGAAGCGAGGAAAAUGGGCAGACAAAAAGAGUUGAAGAAAGAAGUGUUCAGAAAACUUAGUAAAAUGGAGGCUAAAAAUAAAAAUAAAAGAAACUAAGACUACUGUUUCAUUAUAUCUGUAAUAUUAUUUCUUCUAUCAAGAACCAUGUAUAUUUUCGAUUGUUAUUUUGAAUUGCCUUUUUCUAUCCUUAGUCAAAAUUAAUUGUUUUAAUCUUGUUCACCUACUAGUGUGAACUUGUUGACUUUUGUGUACAACAUCUGUUAUCUAGGUGAAUCCACUGUACAGAUCAAUAUGUUGUGAUUUUCCGUCAAUCGAAAUAUUGAAAACACUUAUUCCAAAUUCCACUCAAAAUAUCUUUAAGUUAUUUCUUUCGUCGAUAAUAAAUUUGUAUUUCAAUAAAUCUGUGUGGACUGUGUCCAAGUGCAAUUCAGAUUGACCUAUUUUGAUCCAUUUUUUUUCCCCAAUAGUGUGUGUUUAUAGUGAUAUCUAUGGUAAUUAAAACAAGCCCGAUCCAUUUCCUCUUUCAUUUCAACAGCCUAGAGAAGACGUUAGAUUUUACGGAUUCUUCAGAUGACUACGGUUUUCACAUGAAUAAUCUGGUAAAUUUACCAUGCGUUCCAUUCAUAAACCGUAAGGACGGCCGUUCAUUUGACUGUGAAAUGUGAUUCUCUUUGUUGAAUGUAAUAGGAUUCAGUGAAGAUCAACAUCACAAGUAUAAAUUGUAUGACGAUGAUGUAGCGAAUAAAUAUAGCGUUUUCUAAAAUCACUUGGAAUUUUGGAAAAUUUAAAAAAAAAAAACCGAAAUGAUUUUUGUCUCAGAAUUGAUAUGUAAGACCGUUAUUCGAUCAAAUAAAUAUUCUGGAACUCGAAAAAGAUACCUGGAACAUCGUAGGAUCAAAGAUUUCAAAAAUACAUUUUUCCGUAUUCCGGAAGUAACUGUUGAAGCAUUGAUUCUAGCGACUUACAACUAUGAAUAGCUGUUUUCUUUCACAAACUUAGUUAAUUACUGUGUUUUUAAAAAUCGGUGAAAAUUUUAUAUGCAGGAAAACUGCGCCGCUAAGCUGAGGGCUGAGCAAAGUGGAUGUAUAUUAAUAACUACAGUUCUAAUUAGCAACACUUAGACUAGUUAUAAAUUGUUAUUCCCAUAAUAAUACUGUACAAUUAUCCAUGAAACAAUAAUUUAGAGAACCAAAAAAAUGUGAAAAUUAUACUGUCAAUAUCUAUUUAUUUAAUAUUCAUUUGUACACGCCCUCAGCAUGCCACAUACAAUUAAUAUAAUACAGUCCAAUGCAGCCAGGGUAGAGGUAAAAUACAAAAAAUAUAUUCUACAUCGAUACUAGUGUUAGUCAUAUCGGUAACGAUGAAAAUUUUUCAGUAACAGCUAGAAGCUUGGAUAGGGAGAAAAAGUGCUGAAUACCAAUUGACAAAUUUCAUUUCUGGCUCCUAAUAGUUUUAACACAAUGUAAAUAAACUAUAUCAUCUUGCGAUUAAAAUGCAACGAAAAUAAAACUGACGUACAGGACGAAAUCAAAACCUACGCCUUUAUUAAGAAAGAAAAAUUCUCUGCAUGUUUCAAACAAGUAAAAAAUCAAUCUCGCUUUUCACCCUGAUAUAUAACACUCUUUCUCGAUAUUCUUACAAUGAAAAUAAUUAUAAUCUGAUAAUUACAAUCUGGGUAUAAUACACAUAUCAAUGCCACGCCACAUUAAUAUUGUAGAAAUUUUUGUUCUUUUUCGUUUUCGUUAUGAAUACAGUGAACAUGUGAACAGGGCAACUUGCAUACAAUUAAGCGACAGCUCCGUAAAUACACAGCAUGAAAUUGUAACAGGCGACAUUUGUGUCUACAAGGCAUUUGAACAAGAAAAGAAAA